AUGCCUGCUAUAGGGAUAGAUCUUGGAACUACAUAUUCAUGUGUUGGAGUUUGGCAACAUGGAAACGUGGAGAUCAUCGCUAACGACCAAGGAAACCGGACUACACCCUCAUAUGUUGCAUUCACGGACACAGAGAGACUCAUUGGUGAUGCUGCUAAAAAUCAAGUAGCACUCAACCCUAGUAAUACGGUGUUCGAUGCGAAAAGACUAAUCGGUCGCAAGUUUGAUGAUGCCAAGAUACAACAAGACCUGAAACAUUGGCCAUUCAAAGUGAUAAGUGAUUGUGGAAAGCCCAAAAUCCAGAUAGAAUUCAAAGGCGAAACAAAACGUUUUGCACCUGAGGAAAUCAGCAGUAUGGUGUUAAUAAAAAUGAGAGAGACCGCUGAAGCAUAUCUUGGAACAGCAAUACGAGAUGCAGUCAUCACCGUUCCUGCUUAUUUUAACGAUUCACAGCGUCAGGCCACAAAAGACGCUGGAGCUAUCGCUGGUCUGAAUGUGCUUCGUAUUAUAAAUGAACCGACAGCAGCAGCACUCGCUUAUGGAUUGGAUAAAAAUUUAAAAGGCGAACGAAACGUUCUUAUUUUCGACCUCGGUGGUGGAACAUUCGAUGUUUCCAUACUGACCAUUGAUGAAGGUUCAUUAUUUGAGGUAAAAGCCACUGCAGGCGAUACUCAUCUAGGCGGUGAAGAUUUUGAUAAUAGAUUGGUGAACCACCUAGCUGAAGAGUUUAAACGGAAAUACAAGAGAGAUAUAACCAGCAAUCCUCGCGCUCUUCGCCGGCUUCGGACUGCAGCUGAACGGGCGAAACGAACAUUAUCAUCGAGCACGGAAGCUACCAUUGAAAUAGAUGCUUUGUACGAAGGCAUUGAUUUCUACACUAGAGUAUCUCGUGCACGUUUUGAAGAAUUAAAUGCUGAUCUGUUCCGAGGAACACUGGAACCUGUCGAGAAAGCUCUGAAAGAUGCGAAACUAGAUAAAAGCUCUAUUCACGACGUAGUUCUCGUUGGAGGAUCGACACGCAUUCCAAAAAUACAGAGCAUGUUACAAAACUUCUUCUGUGGAAAGAAACUAAAUCUUUCAAUCAAUCCGGAUGAAGCGGUAGCAUACGGAGCUGCUGUACAAGCAGCAAUUUUGAGUGGAGAGCAACACAGUAAAAUUCAAGAUGUUCUUUUGGUUGACGUCGCUCCCUUAUCUUUGGGCAUUGAAACUGCCGGUGGUGUAAUGACAAAGAUCAUUGAACGCAACGCUAAAAUUCCAUGCAAGCAAUCACAGACAUUCACGACAUAUUCUGACAGCCAACCAGCAGUCACAAUACAAGUGUACGAGGGCGAACGGGCCAUGACCAAGGACAACAAUAUGUUGGGUCGCUUCGAUCUAACUGGAAUUCCACCUGCACCACGGGGGGUCCCAAAGAUCGACGUGACAUUCGAUAUCGACGCCAACGGGAUCUUAAAUGUCUCCGCUAAAGAAAACGGCACUGGCCGCAGUAAAAACAUCGUUAUUAAAAAUGAUAAGGGACGAUUAUCUCAAGCUGAAAUCGACCGUAUGGUAGCAGAAGCCGAACGCUAUAAGGAAGAAGAUGAUCGACAAAGAGAAAGGGUAGCAGCACGCAAUCAAUUGGAAACUUACAUUUUCAACGUUAAACAAGCCGUUGAUGAUGCCGGUGACAAACUGAGCGCACAAGACAAAGAGAGCGUAAGAAACGAUUGCGAGGCCGCCCUGCGAUGGUUGGACAAUAACACGCUAGCUGAAAAAGAUGAAUUUCAGCAGAAACUAAAGGAUCUUCAGCAAGUUUGUUCACCAGUCAUGAGCAAGAUCCACGCUACGGGUAGUCAACAGUAUUCACAGCCCAAUCGUUCAGGGCCAACGGUUGAAGAAGUUGAUUAA